CGUUGUGUUCUCUAUCUGCACACUCUUUUGAGUUCACAGAGAUUUCAAUAAAAGAAAAAAGAGAAUAGGAGGUAUCUAGAGUGGGGGAUAUGUCCUUCAAUCAAUCAAGGUCGGAUAAAAGUGAGCAACAAUACCGAAAAUCAGGACGAUCCGCCUGCUCUAAUCAGCAGCGGAACUCCUCGGGCGGUUACGGUAAGGGAGCCGGCGGCGGGCCUGCCCCUUCUCCUUCUCUUUAUUCAUCUUCCGCUUCUAGUCGAAGUUUUAAGAAGUCUAACAAUGCACAAGGAGAGCAAUCUAGGGUGAAUUCUCCGGCUCUAAAUUCUACUGAGUCUAGUAAUGCUUCUGCCACCAGUAACCUACAAAAUGGCGCACAUGUACAGCCCCAGUUGCAAGGGUCAUCUGACACACCGGUUACAGGCAGUGCUGCAAAGCCCGUUCAAUCACAUGCUAAUCAGAGGACCACCCGAGCUGUUCCAAAGGCUCCUGCUUCUCAAUCUGCCACAUUGAGUUCUGACAGUAGUAUCCCUGCAACUCCCACAAAGGGAAAUGCAUCCCAAGCAUUAUCUUUACAAUUUGGGUCCAUAACUCCUGGUUUCAUGAAUGGAAUGCAGAUUCCAGCUCGAACUAGUUCAGCACCCCCCAAUUUGGAUGAGCAGAAGAGAGUUCAGGCAUGCCAUGAUUCUUCAUUUAGGCCUGUUUCAAAUUUGCAUACCCCUGUUCCUAAGCAGCAGGUACCAAAAAAGGAUUCAGUUGCAACUGACCAAUCUAAUUCUGGGGAGGCUCACCCAGCGCUCAAGGUCAAAAAAGAUGUACAAGCCUCUGCUGGACCCCCUGUGAACCAGACACAGAAGCCAGCUUUUCUUAACAUGCCUAUGGCUUCAAUAAUGCCAUUUCAUCACCAACCCCAGGUUUCCAUGCAAUUUGGUGGGCCUAAUCCACAUAUUCGGUCUCAGACUACUUCAGUUCAGAUGCCCAUGCAUAUUCCAUUACCCAUAGGAAAUGGACCUCAGGUGGUGCAGCAGCCUGUUUUCGUUCCAGGUCUUCAGCCUCAUCCAUUGCCGCCUCAGGGAAUGAUUCAUCAGGGUCAAGGCUUGACUUUCACACAACCUUUGGGUGGCCAGCUUGCACCCCAAUUGGGAAACUUGGGAAUGGGUUUUGCCCUUCAGUAUUCUCAACAGCAAGGAGGGCAGUUUGGUGUUCCUCGUAAACCUACUCCUGUCAAGAUUACACACCCUGAGACUCGUGAAGAAUUAAGGCUUAAUAAACGAAUAAAUACAUAUUUAGAUGGUGGGUCAUCAGGUCCAAGGUCUCAUUCUAAUGCACCUCCUCAAUCCCAGCCAGUUCCAUCAUUUGCACCUUCUCACUCAGUCGACUAUUAUUCCAAUUCUUACAAUACCAAUUCCAUGUUCUAUACACCACCAACUUCUCUGUCUUUGUCUAGAAGCCAGGUAGCAGUAGCACCCAAUGGCCAAGGGCCGAGAUUUAAUUUGCCUGCUGGCCAGAGUCAUCAAAACAUUUCUUAUAUGAACUCAGCAGCAGCCCAUGGUUCACUUUCAGUUAAGAAAUCUGUAAAUCUUAGAACUGGUUCUUCAGAAUCACCAAGUUUGGAAUUGGCACCUGAAGGUCACAAUGUAGCUUCUUCUGCUCCUUCAGGUACAACACAAGUUACAGUCAAGCCGGUAACUGUUUCUGUUGGAGAAAAGGUGGCUGAUUCAUCUUUAUCAAUUAGUUUGCCUCCUGUUGAAAAGGUUAGACCAGUAAAACCUUUGACGACAUCAAGUGAGGGUAGCUCAUCUCAGGCUCAAAGAGACUUGGGAACUUGUCAAGAGAUCUCUAUACAGCUGCUAAAACCUGAAAGGGAAUCAUCAGCAUCCAAGGGAUUACCAGCUACUGCAGAAGAAGUUGGAGCAGCUAACUUGGACGAAUCAGUAUCUUCUGCUCUUGCUGCUACGCCUGAGGAGUCUGUCCUGACUGUUGCCAGUAACGAAAGCAGGAGAGACAGUUUGACCUACUCUAACUCUAUCAAAGAUAAUCAGAAGAAACCGGCUAAGAAAGGUCAUAUUCAGCCACCAAAUCAGGUAUUUUCCUUGUUUUUUUUAUUGCACUUGUAUUUUUUGUUUGCAUGUAUUUAUUUAAUUUUUUCACACAUUGUUGGACAGUCUAUGUCAAUAUCCAACUGGGCUUCCCAGACUGCAGAACAGAGGACAGACAGCAAGAUAGAAGGCUUAACCUCUGUUUCAUCUGAAGUUUCUGGUGCUGGCAUUAAUGUUGAAUGCUUGGACAUGGUUCAGCAUGCUAAGAAUGAUUGUUCUUCAAUUCUGAAUGAGCAACCGAAACCUGAAAUUAAUGGAAUUAAGGAUCCUUUGAAAUAUGUGGAGCUUAAAUCUGAUCAGGAAUCUGCUUUGAACGCAAUAACUGCUAGCAAUGAUGCUCCUACCUCAGUAAGCACUCCUUCUGUGCUUGAUGAAGCUGUGGGGGCCUUCAUUGAAAAUAAGGGAGUUACUGAUUCGGAAGCCUUUACCUCUGAAAUGUCUGAUUCUACACUUCUUGAAAGUUCACAUGUUGAUAUCACCUUUGGUUCCACUGCAUCUUUAAGUGCCAUUGAUAGCAAUGAAACUACUGUUACUAAAUCUGGUGAAUCUUACCAGCAUUAUGCUCUGGUCCCAACUCCUGAUAUCUCUGUCCCUGUAUCAAAAUAUGAAGGAGAAGGUGUUCCUGUACCUAGUUCAAAAGACAAACUUGCACCAGAAUUCAAUAGGACAAAGAGUACAUCAACUAGUGGGAGGAAAAAAAGAAAAGAAAUUCUUCAGAGGGCAGAUGCUUCUGGGACGACUUCAGAUCUCUAUAUGGCAUUUAAAGGUCCUGAGGAAAACAAAGAGACAAUCAUACCUUCAGCAAGUGCAGACAGCAAUUGUAAUGGUGUUAAUUUGAAGUUGGUAUCUCACGAGUCACCUCAGGUGGAUUCUACAAAAAGUGAUAAAAUUGCAAAAGAUAAAGCUGAACUGGAUGAUUGGGAAGAUGCUGCUGAUAUAUGUGCACCAAAAUUAGAAACUUCAGAGAAUAUCAAAAAGGUUAAUGAAGGGUUAAUAAAUCAUGAGGAUGAUGGAAGUGGUAAUAUGUCAAAGAAGUAUUCCAGAGAUUUUCUUCUUAAGUUUGCUGAGCAGUGUACUGAUCUUCCACAAGGUUUUGAGAUUGCUUCCGAUAUUGCCGAGGCCUUGAUGGUUUCUAAUGUUAAUACUUAUCACCAUGUUGAUCGUGAUUCAUAUCCUAAUCCUGGAAGAAGAAUAGAUAGGCAAUCUAGUGGAUCUCGAUUAGAUCGGCGAGCUAUUGGAAUGGUUGAUGAUGACAGAUGGAUGAAAAUUCCUGUUUCUUUUGGGCCUGGAAGGGAUGCUCGCCUUGAUCUUGCUGACGGUGCUGCUGGUGGUGGUUUUCAGCCUGUCCAUGGAGGUAACUUCGGUGUUAUAAGGCACCCACGAGUUCCAACAUCUCUUCCAUUUGUUGGAGGGAUCUUUCCUGGACAAAUGCAUCCUAUGGGUUCGCAAGGAUUGAUACCACGAAGUCCUGUUACUGACAGGUGGCAACGUGUUCCUAACUAUCAGCAGAAGGGGUUGAUUUCUUCGCCGCAAACACCAUUACAAAUGAUGCACAAAGCUGAAAGGAAGUAUGAAGUGGGUAAAGUGACUGAUGAGGAAGCCUUAAAGCAAAGACACCUGAAAGCAAUUUUGAACAAACUAACUCCCCAAAACUUUGAGAAGCUCUUUGAACAAGUUAAAGCAGUGAACAUCGACAAUGCAGUUACACUCACUGGUGUCAUCUCACAAAUCUUUGACAAAGCUUUGAUGGAGCCCACUUUUUGUGAAAUGUAUGCGAACUUCUGUUAUCAUCUAUCAGGAGAGUUGCCUGAUUUUAGUGAAGAUAAUGAAAAGAUAAAUUUUAAGAGAUUGUUGCUGAACAAGUGCCAGGAGGAAUUUGAAAGAGGGGAGAGGGAACAAGAAGAAGCAAAUAAAGUGGUGGAAGAGGGUGAGGCUAAGCAGUCUGAGGAGGAAAGAGAGGAGAAGAGAAUCAAGGCACGGAGACGAAUGUUGGGUAACAUUAGACUUAUUGGGGAGUUGUACAAGAAGAAAAUGUUAACUGAGAGAAUUAUGCAUGAAUGCAUAAAGAAAUUACUUGGUGAGUAUGAGAAUCCUGAUGAGGAAGAUGUUGAGGCUCUAUGUAAAUUAAUGAGUACAAUUGGAGAAAUGAUUGACCAUCCCAAAGCAAAGGCGUACAUGGAUAAUUAUUUUGAGAUGAUGGCAAAGCUGGCUAACAAUAUGAAAUUAUCUUCUAGGGUUAGAUUCAUGUUGAAAGAUGCUAUCGAUCUGAGAAAGAAUAAGUGGCAGCAGAGGAGGAAAGUUGACGGGCCUAAAAAGAUAGAGGAAGUGCACAGAGAUGCUGCUAAAGAGAGACAAACACAAACCAGUAGGCUUGCCCGUGGUCCUGGCAUCAAUCCUGGUGCGAGAAGAGCACCCAUGGAUUUUGGUCCACGAGCGUCUAAGUUAUCUUCUCCUGGGGCUCAGAUGGGUAGUUCUCGUGGGUCUCCCACCCAACACCGGGGUCCUGGGGCUCAGGAUGUUUACAUGGAUGAUAGACAGUCUUCUGAGGCCAGGAAUUUGUCAGUUCCCUUGCCUAAAAGACCAGUCGGUGAUGAUUAUAUUACCUUGGGGCCCCAAGGUGGUCUAGCUAGAGGGAUGGCUUUUAGAGGACCACCAGCAACGUCAAGUACUCCCGUAGCUGAUGUUUCUCCAAUUUCAGGAGACGCAAGAAGAACUGCUACUGGUUUGAAUGGUUUUAGUUCUCCUGCAGCCUCUCCUGCUGCUUCUCCUGCACAAGGUCAAACAUCAGGUUUCACUCAAAAUAUUCCUUCAGAAAAGAGCUGGCCUGAGGAGCGCCUGACAGAAAUGUCUAUGGCUGCUAUUAAAGAAUUUUACAGUGCUAGAGAUGAGAAAGAAGUUGCUUUGUGCAUCAAAGAUUUGCACUCUCAAAGCUUCCAUCCGACAAUGAUUGCCCUUUGGGUAACAGACUCUUUUGAGAGAAAAGACAUGGAACGAGAUCUUUUGGCAAAGCUACUUGUCAAUCUGGCAAGGUCUCAUGAUGAUGUGUUGAGCCAAGUUCAACUUGUUAAAGGGUUUGAGUCUGUUCUCAGCACAUUGGAGGAUGCAGUGAAUGAUGCUCCAAAAGCUGCGGAAUUUCUCGGUCGAAUCUUUGCCAAAAUCAUAGGUGGGAAGGUAAUUACCCUGAGUGAGAUUGGGGGUUUAAUACAUGAUGGGGGAGAGGAGCCAGGUCGACUACUAGAAACAGGGCUUGCUGCUGAUGUUCUUGGAAGAACCUUGGGGGCCAUUAAGACCGACAAAGGAGAAACUUGCUUAAAUGAAAUUCUAGCAAGUUCCAGUUUGCGACUGGAGGACUUUCGACCUAACAAAUCCAGUAUUUUACAAAAGUUUGUUUAUUAGUAAAUAUAUGAAACCACUAUUGCCUUCUCUUUUAUUCACUGACGGAAUUCCCAAACACACUCGGAGAAAUAAAAGAAAGGACAAUUUAUCUUUAA